AUGUUCAAGCCCUCUGAAAAACGCCUGCUGCUUGCCGGUCUCUUCACCCAGCUUCUCCCAAGCAUCGGCGCGGUGUCCUUCCCGGCCGGGGUAGGCUCGUUCAACACCAGCAUUGCAACAACCCAGCUCGUUGAUCAUAAUCGUUUGGAUCCAUACGCUCCAACGCCACAACCACGUACUUUGAUGAUAUCUCUCUUUCAUCCUGUCCCUCCAGCAACAUGUUGCCCCUCCCUGACGUCCUAUAUGGACCCUAUCAGCGCGACCUUCGAGGAUGAGGAGUAUGCACCGGUUGGUAUCCCAGCCGGCGCCUUCGGUUCACUUACCCUUCAAACCUGCAAGCCUUGUCCGGCUUCAAAUCCCAAUCGCCGAGUCAAAGAGUCUAAGUAUCCGCUGGUUCUCUUCUCAUCUGGUCUGGGGAAUUCUCGACUCUUGUACAGCGCUAUGGCCCAGCAACUAUCCAGCACUGGCUAUAUUGUCGUAACCAUCGACCAUACCUACGACGCAGGCAUCGUGACAUUCCCAGACAAUUCCACAAUCCUCGCUGCAAAUAUUACAACCGAUACCCAAAUUGUAGAUGACCUGAACAUCCGGGUGAAAGACGUAUCCUUCGUCCUCGACCAACUCCACCGUCCAUCCGUCAUCUCCAGACUCGUCCCAGGCCGAACUUGCGGGAUGGAUACCUCUAAAGUGGGAAUCUACGGUCACUCCCUCGGCGGUGCCACCGCAGCUGAGGCUCUGCUUUCCGAUCCCCGUCUCAUGGGGGGGGAUCAAUCUAGACGGUACAUUUUUCGGCUCCGUUAUCGACCGGGGCUUGAAUAA